GUGGCGCGGCCCGCCUCGCGCGUCCCGUUGCUAGGAGCGCGGGCGCAGCCGCCAUGGCCGGCUCGGCGGGGCCGGGGAGGGGGGCGGAGGCCGCUUUGGUGCAGGUUCAAGAAGACCUUCACAAGCUUAAAGACAAAGUGAAAAAUAUCAGCUUGAAGGGAAACGUGAAAGAUGUGGAUAUCAGCGAUCUGGAAACAGCUAUUGAAAGAGCUGAACUUGGGCUGAGAAAACACGCUGAAAAUUAUUUAAAUGCUAUAAACAGACAAGUGUUAACUAUUUCUUCUACUGAUAAUAAAGAAGUACAUUCAAAACAGCCCUCUAAAUGGGGGCUUCAUUUUGGUGCUCCUCAGAAACAGCUUGUUUUACCUCGAGUGCCUGUUGAGCCCGUGACUGUCCAGGCAUGUAGCAAAUCAGCACUACGUAUUUCUCAAGGUUCACAGCACCAGCUGGAAAUGGAUAUGAAAAUUAUGCUUGACCCAGAGAUCCUCAACAAGAAAGCUGUUUUAAAACAACAGAGCCAUGAGACCAGGCUGCCCCUUAUAACCAAGAAAAGACCUGUUCCUAUGUGUAGUCAGAAGACAAUGAAAAGUCACACAGCUAGCAACCUUUGGGUUUUGCCUGCCUCUCACCACACGGAUUCUUCCUUACCCCUGUUAGAUGAAGAUCUAAAGAAAGGUAUUCUGAGCCUAACUGAACGAAGGCUUAUCCCUCCAGCAGCAAAGAUAACUCUCCAGACACCUCUGGUUGUAUCCAAAGCAGCUCCUCUCCAUGAAUUUCACAGGCAGCACAAGAAGUCAACUGUAGGAGAGAUUAGUACUAGGGUGGACCCUGAGAAUACAGACACUCUCACCUUUCCAAAUUCAAAGGAAGCAAUUGAUGGUCCAGAUUCCUCUAGCCAAGGUAAUACUGCACGACCUCUAUCCAGCAGCUCCAUGGUUUCGGCAAGAAAAUCAAAGCCAGCGUGGACAUAUCCAGCUCAACAGCGGGAGUCUGAGUUGCAGACUCCCUCUCAGACACAGGAUCCAUCCUUUGACUGCGAUGUCGAUGUUUGCCAUGGCACUAUAGACCAGAAAGCUCCAGGCUUUCUGGCGUUCAAGCAACAUUUUUGUUUAUCCUGGGGGAGCAUCGUCUUCUUUUUGGAACACUUGGAGAAGCUUCUUAAGGACUAUGCUGUACCGUUGGCUACAAUAAGCUGUAAAAAGUUGGUGGAAGUGGCAUCAAACUUUGUGCUUAAUGAGAAUCCCACCAAAGGUGACAUACUGUCAGUGAUAAAGAAUCGAUCAACUGUGGAAAAGAUCUUAAAUCGACCUGGCCAGAGAUACAAAGGCCAAGGGGGUACUGAAAUGGCUGCUAUAAAGAUCCAAGCAACAUGGAGACGUUACCAGGCCAGAAAAGCCUACGUCCGUUUCAGGCAGCAGCAGUGGGCAUCAGGUGUGAUUGCCAUUUCUUGGCUCUUGCAUAAUCACAUGGCACGUGUGAAAAAGACCCUGAAGGAAUCACGUCAGAGACACCUGGAGAAUUUUUACAUCAGGGCCAAGCAUCUGGCAGCCAACUGGAAUCGCAUCAGGACCUCCAGGAGGACUAUUAUCCAUAUCCCAUCAUUAGGAUAUUCCCAGUGCAUUCGUGAACACAUUCCUGAUUUUGCUCUUCAACAGAAUUUACAGAUGGGAAGACUGUGUGACAUACUGGAUGCCAACGUGGACGUCAUCUACAUCUGCCCCCUUCAUCUGAGUGAGGAGUUACUGCAGUAUUACAAUAAACUCCUGGGUCUGCAGGCAGCUGUUAGAUCUGGGAACCCUGAGGACAUGGGUGACCUGCAGGACAGGUUCAAAAUUCUCACCCCUGAAGCUAUAAGCAGCUUCCCUAAGCAUCACAUGUGCCUAGCCACUCAGCUGAAGUACAGUCCCAAGACAAUCAAAAGAAUAAAAAUCCUUAUCCAGAGCAGAGAUGCCUACAUUAUUGGAGGGGUUCCCCACAAAGAUGAUUUAGCAGUGGCUGACAUGUUAAAUGUGCCUAUAUUAGGCUCAGUGCCAGAAGUGGCUCAUCUCUAUAGUACCAAGUCUGGAAGUAAACGAAUUUUUGCCAGUGCUUGUGUGCCAACCCCUCCUGGAGAAUCUGACAUCUACAACAACGAGCAGAUGAUCAGUAUUCUCAGUCAGCUGAUCAUUGACAACAUGGAAGUGCGGCGCUGGUUGUUUAAAGUGAAUGAUGAAUCUGGAGGAAAUGGCACUGCCUACUGUGACAUUAUCCUGCAUAUGAAAUGCUACCACUGGGUUCAGAAGGAACGUCAGAAACACAGCCCUGAGAUAUGGAGUAAGAAGUGGGCACAUGAGCCAGCUUUGGUGAAGAUCUCCCAGGAGCUGCCGGGCCUUUUAGCACAGCACGUACAGCCAGUCAAUGAGAAACGAUUCCCUACAUGGGAAAAAUUCCUCCAAACAUUUCUUAGUCAAGGUGGUGUGAUAGAAGCCUUCCCGCUCUCAGAAAACGUCACGAACCUUACAGUGGAUAUGCUGAUAGAGCCAACAGGCGAGAUAACGAUAGUGUCGUCUGGAGACCAGCUCCAUGCUGAUGGACCUUUGCGAUCAUCUGGCACUACCAUUCCACAAUGUUCUGUUGAUCCAGCAGUUCUUAAUUCACUCUGCUUAAAAAUUGGAGAAACCUGUAAAUCGAAAGGAGUGCUUGGUUACUUCUCAGUCGAUUUUGUGACUUUCAUCCAUCCACAAACAAUGGAGCAGCAGGUAUGGGCAACAGACCUUGACCUUUGCUAUAGUGACCAGCUGGCCUUGACUCAGCUCAUGUUGUAUGUGACAGAUGGAAACCUGGAUUGUCGCUCUAGCCUCUUUGAAGUACCUCUUGGAUCAAAGAAAAUGAAAAGCCAAUGUACUCAGCAUAAGGAGACAAAAACUCCUUCUCCAGGAAGCAACCGCUGUGCAGUAGCGAGCAGUCAACUGAGGCACUCCAGUCUUUCCGUAAUCUACUAUAAUGUGCUCCUCCAGAUGUGUAAAGCUCACGGUGUUGGAUUUGACCUCCAGGAAAAACAGGGAACAGUUUUUAUAUUGUAUGACGAUCAGAAGCGAUACAGAUUGGGAAUGAUAACAAUCGGAGAGGAUCUCCAGGGGGUCCUCAUGACCUUUGCUCGCAAUCUCUUCAUCAUCCAUCAAGAAAUAUCAGCACCUAAUAUGCAAGGCGAGACCAAUUUUAAGAUGGCAAUUCGAGAUAUUGAAGCAAUUCUAGGAGUUACAGCAGAAAACAAACUGAAAUUGGAAAAAGAGCAACCUUCUGAAGCAGAUGCUCUGAAAAAAUAGUUAACCGAAGAUGUAAGUGCCUUACUCUAUGCUUCUGGGAAUCCUUUCUCAUCUGUAAGAACAGGUUUGGUUUUCCUUCUGCAUUGGCAUGUGACUAUUAACUGAGACCGUACCUAUCCAUGAUUUUUGAAUAGUCUUUAGAAGAAUAUUCCUUAUUCCACAAAAAUGAACUUCAGAAGAAAAGGAUCAUAAUAAAUAUCCCUGAUAUUCAUAUGGCGGAUCCUGAAGUACAGUAUUUGUUUUUAAAACCUUAUUAAUAGAAUCAGAGCCUCUCAGGGAGAGGAGACAAUGUACCUUGACCUGCAAAACGCAGACCUUUUAAUUUUACCAAGUGAUUCCUCCAUCAAGGCUACAGCUUAUAACUGACCUUAUUGUAGCUUCAUAAAGAUGGGUUAAUGAAUAUAAACAGUCCAGAAGAUCCCUAGCUAAUUCUCCCAUUGGUUAGUUGCCCUGACUGUUAACACCAGGGCGUUACACAUCGUCGGAACUUCCAGGAAUUGGAUCUGGUUAUGCUUCUGUCUGUGAAACUGAAGAACUGUUCAGUACAAAAUGACACCUCUCCGUGGAAGGAAUCUUGUUUCUUGAGUCAAAUUCUGUCACUGAUGUUACAAAAUGAAAAUGACACUUUCUUCUUUUAUAUGCCCCUGCAUGCACCUAGAGGUAUCAUGCUGUCUUUGUCAGUGUAUCAAAUCAGCACAUCAGACUCAAUUGAAAGGGGUCCUGUGAUCCUAAACUCCUUUGCAAACCUAUUGUGUUCUAAAAUACAGGCUUCUAACAUGA